AUGAAUAAAAGGAAAUAUGGGGACGGCGGGCCAUUAGUAAAAGAGAAGGAGGCAGUAAGCGCAGACAGGUCAGAAAGAAUAUAUGAAAUAAUGACAAAGAAUGCGCGAAUGCUUCGAGAGCAGGAGCUACUGCUGAUUACAAACAAAAUACCAUAUGGGGAGUAUUUAUGCCGGUAUUAUGAGGUUUGGCUCAAGGACAAAAUAUCAAAUGGUCUUUUAGAGUGUGUAUGGUAUGCAGAAAAGGACUUAUGGAUGCUUUCGUCAUACAUGGACUCUUUUAUGGAGUUUAGAGAUUUUAUAUCUCACUACCAGAUGAGCAUACGCCUAGAAACCCAGAACAAAGGGCAGCUAUUGCAGACAGAGCUAUUUGAUAAAAUUAAAGGGGAGACAGUAGACAGCUCGCCUAUAAUUAUCAUUAAAGGCAUUGGUGAGCGGGUUUCCAUUAGAGCUCUUAUAGCAGAGAUUGAAAAAAGAGCAGAGGUGAGCGAGUGGGCUAUGUCUCAGUCUGGAGGCGCACCAGAGGGUUUCCAAAAGAGUAUCUACAUCCGAACAGAGAUGGACCUUACUGGAUUUAAGCAGGCGGUGCAAAGUGCACUUCCAGAAGAAGCAGUUAUAACUGUGCAUUAUCUUCCAACCACCACUAUGAGCAGGGCAGUAAAGGAGGUAGGCUGUCAGUUCAUGGACAAAUAUGCAAUACUUGAAACAGAAAGACAAGCAAAGAACAUUCUUCAAAAAAUGUCCGAGUUAUUCGGAGUACCCGAUGUGUAUAAAACGGUCUCUGCAAUGGAAGGCAAAGUAAAUCCAGAGGAGAUAGGAGACCUUUACAUACUAGCACUUAGAAAAGUGUUUAAUUUUUGUUACUACUGUGGAAUAAAGUAUGAUAAUCCGUAUGAAAUGGCAUUUAAGUGCGGCCUAUUCCACCUAAGAAAUAAUAGUGUGUUAGACGAGUCUAGUCCAGAAGACUUCCAAAAACAAAUCAGCCACUUUGAAAUAGAUCGCAUGAAUUACUUACAGAAUAUACCAAAAACAAUUGAUGUGCAUACUUUUUGCACUGAUGCAAAAGAGAAGGGAGAGAUUGAGUGUAGGUUCUGUGAGAAGAAAUUUGAGUCCAUCGAAUUUUUUGAAAAGCAUCUGGAAAGAAAAAAGCACAAAGCGUAUGAAAUGAGCAUUAAGCUACACAAUGACUUCCUCCCGUGCAUUAAUGUUCUAAAUUACCAGCUUAUUAAUGAAAUUGAAAAAAGGCACUUGAAAAUACCAUUUGAGGUCUAUGAAUAUAUGUGUGCAAAUAAUAAUGCAGCAACAGAGGAGAUCGAUUACACACAUCUGGACAAAAAGUAUCCAGUACUAUAUGCGAAUAAGCCAAUUUCUAUUGAGGAGUUCGGAGAGCACGAGUUAUAAAUAAGAAUUAUUAAUCCAGA